AAAGAGAGGGAGAGAUGUAUGGAUAUUAAUAUCGCAAAUAAAAAAUAAAAUAAAUUAUGAUUUUUUUUUUAAUUUUAAAUUUCUAUAAUUCAUGCCUUUCAUGGAAAGAGAGCGAAAUCUCAAAAACAAAGAAAAAAACAAAGGCAGUUUAGAGAGAGAAAGCUUGAGAAGGAAAGAGAGAGAGAGAGUGCCGAGGGUUUUUAGUUCGGUAAUGGUGAUUUAGGCCUGAAGGCGACGGGAGGACGGGUGAUUGGAGAAGGGGCUUAUUGGAAUUGAGGGUGAGUUUUUUCAUUGAUGCUCUUCGGUGGGGGAGCUGAUGGUUGGAAAUGGAUCCUGUGCGCGGAGGCUAGCACCGGCGCCGGUGGCGGUGGUGGUGGAGGGAGAAGCGGCUGGCACCUCGGCGGCGGCGUCGGUGGCGGAAGCGGCUUCUGGUCUUGGACUGCUUCCUCCAAUGUCGGCUUAGCCGUCGCCGUCACGGCCAUGGCCGGUAUCGCCUUGGCCGCCACAGUCGUCUACUCUCGUAGGUAAAGCAAUACAAAAAUUCCCAAAAAAAUUACUGAAUCGAAAUCGAAGCCCCUAAUUCGUUGUGAGAGCAAAACCCUAGAUUCUUCAAUAGCUAGAUAGAUUGAUAGGUAGACAAAAACACACAUAGAUGAUUACGCAUCAGAAACAACCAAUGAAAGCCCUACGGCGGAGUCACACUUCUUCUAAUCCACCUCCACCGUCAAAUUCCACAUCUUCACCGUCGUCAAAUUCAACAUCUUCACCGUCGUCAAAUUCCACAUCUUCACCGUCACCGUCGUCGUCAUGGAUUCAUUUGCGAUCGGUUUUGUUAGUCGUUGCUUCCUCGUCUUCCACACCAGUUUCCACUGAUCGGGGCAGUCUUAAAUCACCUUGGUCCCGUAGGAGAAAAAAACAUGCCCUUCUACCCAAACAAUGGAAAAGUUUAUUUACACCAGAUGGGAAACUCACUGAUGGGGGUCUCAAGUUUUUAAAGAAAGUUCGCAGUGGAGGUGUUGAUCCAAGUAUUCGAGCUGAAGUGUGGCCGUUUCUUCUUGGAGUGUAAGUAUUUUCAUAUCUAUGCGAUUGCUUUAAUGCUUCAAGUUUUGUAUUUGUUAAGAACUUCUUGUUAAAGUGAUGACUGGUUGCCUGGUCCUGGGGAAUGCUUGGUUUGGGGAGCCUUGCAGGUGUCUGCUAUGAAUUAUGAUGAAUUUUUCAUCCAUCACCCAGAUGUACUUUUAGUCUUUUCUGGUGUGCCUUAGCGCUGUGUUUUCCGAGUGCUUUGGAAUACAUACACAUUUUAUUUGAUUUUUUUCUUUGGUUUCAUUAUGUACAUCCUGUGUGAUUUUCCUAGUGGCUAUGAUUUGGUACAAUGGGGAGAGGGAUGAAAAACCUAAAUGUGUUUGUUUUAAGUUCCAACAAUUAUUAAAGCCGGGACCCCCAUGCAUUGUAUGUUCUGUUUUUAUGGAUGUUUUAGUCUUGAUUAACUUG